AUGGGAAUGCACCAAGAGACUACAAAUGUAUUAUAUCAGCUCUUAUCUGAUGCCUGCCAAGAAAGAGAUGAAGCUAGAGAACAGUUGAAGAGAUCAGUGGCAGAAAUUUCUGAACUGAAGAAACUAGUGAACAAGCUCUUACCAUCUAAUUCAGCUGAAAUCAGCUCUGUUGUUUCGCAUGUCCAACCUGACGGCCGGAACCAGGAAAUCUUGAAAAGAAACCUAGAUAUCAGAGGAUCAGACACUGUAUCUGAAGCACAUAACAACUAUUCUGAUGAUUCAUCCGCAGCCAAAAGCAUCUCUCGGACGUUGUUCAAUGCUAGCCUGACUGAUUCCAGCAACCUUGCAUUGUUGAAAAAGUCAUUUGUUCAAGAUUCUGGUAGCCAUAUCCGAAUGGGAAAAUUUUCUUCCAAGGACAUGGCAGUUAAUCCUGCUUCAAAAGUAAUUACUACUCUUGUUAAGGGAAAACCACUGCCGGAAAAAGGGAGAUUUCUGGAGGCUGUUCUUGACACUGCACCCUUGCUGGAGACACUUAUGAUUACAGGCCAGCUUCCAAAGUGGCGAAACCCUCCAUCUUUGGCAUCCAAUCUCAUUGCUAAUGAUGAUCAUGGCUUGAUCAACCAGAGAGCAGUCAUCAGCUCAAAAUCUGCAACUCCUGUUUGCACAAUGUUGAACUAUAAGAAAUGUUCAAACAGUUUCAACUUCGAAUCCUUGGGGCAUGCUAGUAUGCAGAGGAGAUUCAAGUGAACAUUCAGAGAAAUAAUAUUGUCAAAGUAUCAAUUGAAAACUAAAUUUCAUGUAAAAGCCUUCUCAAAGGAUAAUCUUUUUGCUCUUUUCUCCCCUACUCACCCCCAUUCUUAAACAUGAAGUCUAGUUUGUUAAACUGAAACUUCUAUUUGC